AAACAAAACGACCCCUUCUCCCUUUCAACUUUACGAAAGCCGUAUUUGAUAUCGCACCCAUCUUCUUCUCCCUCACUCAGCCGAUCUUCUUUUCCCUCACUCAGCCGACGACGAAGAGGAACACCACUCUCCCUCACUCAGGUUGUAUCGCAUACAUGAGGGUUUUCAUUUUAGAUUUGGGAUUUUAAAUUUCGAAAUUAGGGAUUGAGAUUUCGGAUUUUAAAUUUCGAAAUGAGGGUUGUAAACUUUUGAUUCAAAAUUAGGGAUUCAGGAACACCACUCUCCCUUUCUCUCGUCAGUUCCCUAAAAAACCCUAGCCCAACAAGACCUCUCUCUUUCUCUCUCUCUCUUUCUAUGUUGUGAUAAAAACAAAAACACAGAGAUGGAGGAGUUUUUGUAUACUGAUAUCGAAUCUUUAUGUGCAAAACUCAGGUGUGGAAGUUGUGAGCAUUCUGUUCUAUUGGGGUGGAAAGAUUUUGCGCAAUCGCGAUGAAGGUGUGUCCUACGACAUCGAACCUCAGGGGUUGUAUAAUGUGCACAGGGGGAUAACAUUGGCCGAGUUGCAGGCUAUGAUGGUGCCGAAGGUUGGUACGCAUGGGGAAAUAAUGCGAUUAGAGUUUAAAUGUAGACUCCCAUGUUGAGGGAAGUAUAGGUUGCUGCCAAUCAAAGAUAAUGAGACCUUAAGUAAUGUUUUAGAGCUCCCACAUAAAUUAGGCCCUGAUUAUUUUUUGGAAAUCUAUGUGGAGAAGGAGAGCAAUUUUGGCGGCACAGAGAUGCCAAUUCCGGUGGGUGGGACAUUCACUCAAAUGUUGACACAAUCGCAAUCCCCUGACAAUACACUUAUACAGUCUGCACACAAGUUCCCUGAAGAUUACCCUCCAUUCAAUCAUUCUCAGAGUUACAAUCAAUUAAAUGCAUCACAGAACCUAGAUGGUUAUUACAAUGCCGGAGCAGGUCCAAGUGCCCCAACAACGUAUAAUCUGAUGGUUCUUACAACCCCAUAUCCCCACUGGAAUGAAGAAUGUCCUCCGGUUUGUAAUGUUCAACGUACACCGGAGAUGGCUGUACAAAAUUAUGCAUACUCCGAUGAUACAGUGCCAUUGUUUGACGAGGUUGGAGUUAGUGAUGAAGAUUCCGUGGAAGAUUUGGAUGGCGCAUGGGAAGGUGCGGACAAUGACUCCGGUGAUGACGAGGUUGGAGGGCAUCAUGAUAUACAGGAGGUACACACAAAUAUCCAUAUCCCUUUUUACCAUAAUUUGCAUUUCGACAAUGAUGGUUCCAUCACUAGCCGUGAUGUUGUCGAACGUUGGCCAUAGUGGGACUUCGAAACUGCUAAUUUGGAGAAAGGAAUGAUGUUUACUGAUAAGAAAAGACUAGUGCAUGCUGUUCAGUUGUAUAACCUGAAGCGCAAUCGAGAAUGCAAGGUCGUAGAAUCCAAAGGAAACAGUUGGGUGGCCGAGUGCAAGCACGGCUGCAACUGGAGAGUUCGGGCAACGAAGUUGAAAGACAAAGAUUUCUUUCAAAUUAGAAGGUUCGAAGCGCCGCAUCAGUGUGUAUACCCUAGAAUGAAUAGGGACAAUUGCAACCUCAAGUUCGAGGUCAUUGCUCAUUUCAUCAAGGCACAAAUUGCGAUAUCACCAGAAUUGCCUCUUGCUACCAUAAUUGAGGUCGUGAAGGAGAAGUUUCAGUUCACUAUAUCAUAUAAGAAAGCGUGGCUUGCAAGGACGAAGGCAGUUGCAAUGGUGUUUGGUGACUGGGACGAGUCGUACCGAAGGUUGCCUAGAUAUAUGGCUGCAUUGCAGUCAUUCAAUCCAGGCACAGUUGUCAUGUGGGACAUGAUUCCGAAUUUGCACUCUACCUCAAUCGGAACUGAAAUGUACAUGAACUAUGUGUUCUGGGCAUUUAAACCUGCAAUAGAAGGCUUCAAGUAUUGUCGUCCAGUGAUAUGCAUUGACGGUACACACUUGUACGGGAAAUACGAAGGGAAGAUUGUUGCGGCCACUGCAGUGACUGCUGCGGACAAGAUUGUACCUCUUGCCUUUGCUGUUGUUGACAAGGAGAUGAUCGAGAGUUGGGGUUGGUUCAUUACUCUGCAUAGGGGACAUGUGUGCCGUGACCGAGAGGGGGUCACAUUGAUAUCCGAUCGACACACAGCUUUGCUUAGUGCUGUGUCAAGAAUUUGGGACAAUCCAGCAGUUCAACCAAGAGGAUACCAUAGGUAUUGCUUGCGACACGUAUGUAGCAAUUUCAAUGAAAAAUUCGGCAAUACAGUAGCCAAGGAUCUUGUGUGGAGAGCUGGUUCUGCACGGCAAGUGCGGAAGUUUAAUAAGAUUAUGGACGAUAUCUACAAGCUCGAGAAGAAUGCUGAACGGUGGUUUAGACGGAUGAACCCUAUUCAUUGGACAUUGUGCCAUGAUGGUGGUUGUCGUUGGGGCAUAUUGACGACAAACCAUAUAGAGGGCUUCAAUGGUGUAUUGAAAGGCGCACGCAGUGUUCCCAUUACAGCAUCAGUUGAGAUCACUUUUUAUCGGCCCGUGAAAUAUUUUGACGAGGGCAGGACCAUUGCUGAAAAUGCAAGUAAUCGGGGUCACUUGUACACGACUAAUGUUCAACGAUGGAUUGAUGAGCACCAAGCUAAAGCGAAUGUGCAUAUGUUGGUACCGAUUAAUAGGGGAAUAGGGGAAUAUGAGGUGAGGACAGCACCGCAUGGGAUGGGGGGUAGUGCUCGUCAAAUAGUUAGUCUCCGACCACCGAGUUGUUCAUGUGGGAAGUACACAUUAUUUCACUUGCCAUGUUCCCACAUGCUUGCUGUGACAGCAGAUUUGGGCGAGGACCCUUUUCCUUUCGUUGCACCAGAGUAUAGGUUGGAAGUCCACAAGCGUAUCUUCGAGCAGAAGUGUAGGCCCAUGCCGCACGAGCACUAUUGGCCUGACAAUGAUUACCCAACUUUGCUUGCUAUUCCAGCUCGACAACGUCAAGUUAAAACGGGUCGUCCUCAACAUAGCCGCAUACACAACGAAAUGGAUACUUCCAGACAUAGUGGAUUGCACCAUUGUAGUUUGUGUUUGCAAAGAGGGCAUGAUAAGAGAAAAUGUCCAGCGAGAAUCCGAUCGAUUCGACAGUAGUUGUUUGUUUUCUUUAUAUAUUAGUUCCACGCUACUUUCUUUGAAUUGGAGUCAAUGUAAUAUUCAAUGAAUCAAUAUUCAGUAAAUUCAUAAUGUAUUUACGACUUCAAUUACUAAUGACAUAGAUUUGGUCAAAUGUGGCAAAUCUCUUCAAUUGCUUUAGUUGUUGCAAGUGUCCUUUGUGCACUGGAUUGUGCAAACUUUGGUGCGUUGAUGGUCGAUUGUGUCCUGACCUCGAUGGACACUAGUUUAUCUAAUGUUAGAAAAAUGCAAAUAUUCACAGAAUGAAUUGAUAAUCACCAAUAUAAAUGCAGUUUAUAUUCAAUGUGUGUUUUGCCACAUUUUGUUAUGUGGGAAACUAAUUUUUUUUAAAUCUUUUUUCCAAAAUCCAUUAUGUGGGUGAAGGCCCAUUUUAUGAAUUCAAUCAUUUCUCGGACAUUUACUACGUAUUCGUAUAUGCUUAGUUCUUGUAAAAAGUUUGACUAAUGUAUUUCAAAUCUACAUAAAACUCUCUUCAAACCUUCGUACUUCUUUCCUGUCCAAAUGACAGCUCCUUUAAAGUGAAAGCACGUUUUUUCAUGUCAUACAGGUUGACGUGACAACACACUGACAAUAACUUUUAUCACAUAGGUCUAUGACUCAUUUAGCAGAGGAGAUCCCAUUAUUGACUCAUCAGCAUCGAGCUGAUACGAUAUGACGUGAGUCGGCGAAAGAUCAGCCGAAAUUGAAAUGCUGACGAUCUGAUUCCGUCAUAUGGGACACCGCCUUGGACCAUAAAGUCCUACGUUGCUUACUCCGUGCGGGGUUCUACGGGGUGUAUCGAAUUGGGCCUAUUCGAUUGGACCACCAUCUCGUUACAACUCUCGUGGAGAGGUGGCACAUAGAGACGCGCACAUUUUAUUUUCCUGUUGGAGAGUCCACAGUUACAUUACAAGAUGUGGCUAUUCUAUUUGGCCUACCGGUUGACGGACACGCAGUCACUGGAAAAGACCCAGGAAAGAAGUUGGAUGAUUUGAUAGUGCUAUGUAUGGAGUUGUUAGGAGCAACACCUACAGCAGAAGACUUCAUAGGCUCAUCGCUUAAGUUGAAAUGGAUAUCAGAGCAUUUCCGUCACCUUUCACAUGAUGCAUUCGAUGAGACGGUUCAUCAUUAUGCUCGAGCCUAUAUUUUGUGGCUUAUUUGGGGGGGUACUCGUCCCCGAUAAGUCACAAAAUAUAGUCAAGAUGAUGUUUUUGCCACUACUUAGAGACUUUGACCGUAUUUCGGAGUACAGCUGGGGUGGUGCCACAUUGGCAUGUUUGUACAGGAUGUUGUGUCGGGCAACUAAGGCUGAUAUGAAGGAGAUAGCUGGCCCACUAGUGUUGUUACAAGUUUGGGCGUGGGAGAGAUUGAGCAGGAUCGCCCCUAGUCGGAAGUCGAACAUUGCUGCUGGCGAGCGUCCCAUAGGGGAGGGCGACCAGCUGUUACCACCUGGCUCUCGAGCUUGCAGGUGGAGGGUUCCUUUCAGCCAUGAGGUGAUAUCGACUAAUGUCGGUGUCAUCUUCUGGGACCAGUUCGACCACAUCGUGGAGGGGGAGUUCAUAUGGGAGCCUUACGGGAUGGAGGAUGACAUCAUGACCAGCUUUCCAUCGUAUUGUACCAUUGGUCGAGACAUAUGGAUGGCGCGAGUGCCACUUAUAUGCUUCGAUAUCAUUGACUGACAUCUCCCCGACCGGGUGCUUAGACAAUUUGGACGAGUUCAGAGUGUGCCUAAUCGCUUUGACGCCCACUUGGCUAUGCAUUUUAGGGAUAGGCGUGGCAAAAUGGGCAUUGAUUGGGCAAACGAAUACCAGUCAUUUAUUGGUGAGUGGAACAACAGACGUAACACCAUUGUCCAUGCUGAGAGGAGCAAUGAAGUGCUUACAUCUUUGGACCCAUACAUGUUAUGGUUUCGCCGUCAUACACGUCUAGUACUUAGUAAUCCGAGUGACAUUGCUGCCUUCGGAUACCAAGGCGUCGGGGGUAGUUUAGAGGGAUUGGUUCGUAGAGUUGCGAGGGCAUAUCACGUGGCAGACACUACCCAUAUUACACGCGAUGGUAGAGAGGGAUUGGAUGCCAUUGCCGAGAUACGGGAGUUAUUGUACGAUGGUUUGCAACAGGCACACCGACGUGACCGACUAGAUUUCGGCCACUUUGGUGAGGAUCCUUAUAUGGGGGUAGAUAUUACAUCGACAUCAAUGCCGCACCCGAAUAUGCCAUCCACUGAGCCAUUGACAUCAAUGCCUCCACCGCAUCCUACCGCACGUCAUGCACAUCAAUCGGACUAUUUCGAUAUGGAACACUUUGGUGAGGGACCUUCCAUGGUCCUGUCCCCUCAUGGUCCAUCUACAGCAAUGCAUACACCGCUGACUUCCCCACCUGAAUGUACCAAUUACACAUCCCAGUUUGCCCCUGAGGUAGAUCCUCUAAUGUCUGAACAUACUUCCACACACCAUGGCCAUAUAUUGGACCCCUCCUGGUCACCACCCCCAUAUAGGACAGCGGUUGGUACCCCGGUGACUCCCUUAGCACCACUGUCUACUACAUGUCUGUCUACUAUGAUUCCCUUUGCGUCGACAUUCACCGCACCCAACCCUUUCACAGUACCAUCAUCUCCUACCCCACCAUCAUCUCUUACACCACAUAUAACCUUCACCUACCAUGUUGAUCCACUCAUUACCCAUGACUUCCACAUUGACGGGGAGGGGGAGGGCCAGGUCCAUGCACCUACCAGAGGGACAGGUAGGGGUAAAGGUCGAGGGCGAGGGCGACGGCGACGCCAAGCAAUAGACCAUGACAAUAAUGCAGCGGAUGAUGGUGUUUCACAGCUUAGUGCCGUAUGUGAAGGUGUGCCGGAGGUGGUAUCAAAUGAUUGUACUACAGCCAUUGGUGAUGUGCAGCCAGCUUCCACAGAAGCGGGCGAGGGAGUCAUACGUGCGGCAGCGCAAGAUAUACUGAGAGUAUAUAGUAAGAGACCCAGGAGACAAACCCAUGGAAGGGGUUGUGGAACAGGGGGAAAAUUAGGACAUUAGGAACAACCAACAUUGGAAGGGGUAGCUGGUUGCUGGUUGCUGGUUGCUUGCUGCUUCUUCAUUCUGGUUGCUGCCGGCUGUGUGUUGCUGCUGCUGGGUUCGAGCAGUGAGCUGAUAAUUGGAUGAAACUGUGGAUAAACAAGCUGAAAAGCUGAGGAAUAUUUCUAGCAGGUAUGAGCAUGAUAAGAAGUUUUGGGUUGCAGCAGUUAAUAAUUUAGAGGAGAAGAUAAAGGUGAUGAAAGAGGAGCAUUCUCAACUCUCUCACGAAGCACAUGAAUGCUUUGAUUCAAUUCCUGAAAUGAAUAAAAUGGUUUUCGCAGUUCAGUCCUUGGUUGCACAGUGUGAGGAUCUAAAAGUCAAGUACAGUGAAGAGCAAAGAAAGAGAAGGAAACUAUAUAACGAAGUUCAGGAGGCAAAAGG